UGACCAGUACAGGCCGCGCGGGCUGAGGAGGAAGACGGAAGAAGUUUUCCUGACCCAAGUUAUCCCCAUCGGCAACAGGUAGCACCGAACAGAAGGUUGGAACGAUGCCCGAUUCACCUGCUGAUGUCAAAACCCUGCGGUCGACUCCACCCACCAUGCCCCCUCCGCCCGCUGUCAGCCAGGUGGCCAAUCGCAACGCCUCCUUCACACCCACCACCAUGUUGAACGGCAGCGGCAGCGGCAGCAGCGGCCACUCUCCCACGGCGCUCAACGGCGCCCCCUCCACGCCCAACGGCUUCAGCAACGGCCCGGCGGCCUCGUCCAGCGCCGCGCUGUCCACCCAGCAGCUGCCGCCCGCCUGCGGCGCCCGCCAGCUCUGCAAGCUCAAGCGCUUCCUCACCACGCUGCAGCAGUUCGGCAACGACAUCUCGCCCGAGAUCGGCGAGCGCGUCCGCAGCCUGGUCCUGGGCCUGGUGAAUUCCACUCUGACCAUCGAAGAGUUCCACUCCAAACUCCAGGAGGCUACCAAUUUCCCUCUACGCCCCUUUGUCAUUCCAUUUCUCAAGGCCAACCUGCCCCUGCUGCAGAGAGAGCUGCUCCACUGCGCCCGGAUGGCCAAGCAGACGCCCGCGCAGUACCUGGCCCAGCACGAGCAGCUGCUGCUGGACGCCAACGCCAGCUCGCCCCUGGACUCCUCCGAGAUCAUGCUGGAGAUCAACGAACACGGCAAGAGGAGGACCCCUGACAGGACCAAAGAUGUCGGGCUGGACCGUGACGGUCUGCACGUGGAGCACCUGGCCAAGCGGCCGUGCACCGUGAGCCCCAGCCAGCGCUUCAGCCCCGGCGGCGGUCCCCUGCCGGCUCACCCGCCCCCCAACGGCCUGCCGUCCGGCCACGCACCCCCCAACGGCCUGCCCCAUCCCCCGCCACCCACACCCCAGCACUACCGCCUGGAGGACAUGGCGCUGGCGCACCACUACCGCGACGCCUACCGGCAGGCCGAGCAACGAGACGUGCGGGAGAGACACCGACAGACUGCAGUGCAUGGAGCUCGCCAAGAGGAAGUGAUCGAUCAUAGGCUGACUGACCGUGAAUGGGCCGAGGAGUGGAAGCACCUCGAUAAUUUGCUCAACUGUAUCAUGGACAUGGUGGAGAAGACGCGGCGCUCGCUGACGGUGCUGCGGCGCUGCCAGGAGGCUGACCGUGAGGAGAUGACCCACUGGAUCCGGCGCUACAGCGACGUGGAGGAUAUGAAAAAAGGUGGGAGUCCCACACAGCGCCCUCCGCCUCCUCCUCCUCCACCUCUACCUCCACUUCCUCUUCCUUCAUCUCACGUUCUUCCUCCUCCUCCUCCUCCUCCUCACCACCACAACUCCAACACUCCCAGCAACAACAAGUCGCACGCGCUAGCUAUUUGCGGCACAGGCAAGAGACCAGAGAUCCACCGGGACUUCCUGCACCGGCCGCCCUCGGGAUAUCUGCCAGAGGAGAUCUGGAGGAAGGCUGGUCCCACCAGCAUCCCGAUCUCCCCAGCACUAAAGCAGCUACAAAACAAGCAGGAGGAGGCAGUGAAUGAGGUGAAGAGACAGGCCAUGUCGGAGCUGCAGAAAGCGGUGUCGGACGCCGAGCGCAAGGCGCACGAGAUGAUCUCCGCCGAGCGCUCCAAGAUGGAGAGGGCGCUGGCCGAGGCCAAAAGGCAGGCCUCCGAAGACGCCCUGACUGUCAUCAACCAGCAGGAGGACUCCAGCGAGAGCUGCUGGAACUGCGGGCGAAAGGCCAGUGAGACGUGCAGUGGCUGCAACACGGCGCGCUACUGCGGCUCUUUCUGCCAGCACAAGGACUGGGAGAAGCACCACCACGUGUGUGGCCAGGGCCUGCAGGGUCUGCCCGGGGGCGGCGGUGUGCCCGUGGGCACCCCGUCCUCCACCACCUCCACGUCCUCCUCCUCCUCGUCCUCCUCCUCCCUCGGCGGCGUGCCCCCCACGCACUCAGAGAGCGCGCCCCCUGGUGGCACUCUCUCCCUGGGCGGCCAGCCAGGCAGCGGCAGCCCCAAGGACGCGGGCUCCGGCUCCAGCAGCGUCUCCCGCUCCACCACCCCGGCCACCCCUGCCCUGCUGGACUCGUCCUCGCGCUGACCAGCUGUCCGCCAUCGCCUCCACCAGUCGACCACCACCAUCACCAGUCACCACCCUUCAGCUACUCCCCUGGCUCCACUGCUGCUAAACAGCGUCCUCGAUCCAAAACGUAGCCAACAACGGAGGAAUCUCUUCUUGCGAUGGCAUACCCCACCUUGAUGAAAAUAUCUCUCUCAAUGAAACAAAGAUUUUGUGUUUUUUUUUUUUGUGUGGUUUGCUGUUGGACUCAAAGUGCUGCCAAGACAGUGAACUGUGUCUGAUGAUUUCUUAGCUACCUAACGAAGGUAUUCUUUUUGUGGAUUCUUUAAAAUAAUGGUAGGAAACUAAAAAAACUAAAACACAAGAAUAGGAAAAACAUUUCUCUCUUUUUCAUACAGCAAGGCAAGACACAUACCUACACACACCAUGAGAAACUCGUACACCAAAUUCACACAGCGAAGUGAUGGGGGUCCCAGCUGGGGUCUGAGCUAAUACAAUACAGGCUGUCAGGACAGAGAGUGUUCACUAAUGCCUAUAAAUGGAAUAUGUUUUCCCUUUAUAAUUUGGGUUAGGUCCCUUUUACAAAUAGAACAUGCAAACACUGUCAGCCUAUUUGGCACCAACCAGCGCUGAAAACUCCGCAGUGAGCCAGGCUGCAGCUCUAGCUCCUCCACCCCAGUGAAGGCUGUGGGUAUGGGGCUGGGAAUAGGGGUGGAUGCAGCAUCGGGGAGGGUGUGGAGGUUGCAGUUAAUCCCCGAGACCACCAUGCUCCUGUGACUCCCCAGUGAUCUGAUGCAGAGCAGGGGGUGGACUUGGAUCAGUACGUAAACACCUAGAAACCCCCUCCCCACCUUCUCUGUGGAGACACAACGUCCAGGAUUUUAGGCACAAGACCGCAGGCAGCAGGCCCAUUCUGCUCAGUGUCCAGCCUCAGUCUGAAGAAGCUGACAGGUAUCAGGAGGCCACACCGACCCCCCACCACCCCGACCCCCCACCACCAGGACCCUCUCAUGAACGGCUGAAAUGUUCACCUGUUGAUAGAAGUUCUUUGGCUUUAAUAAAAAAAAUAAAGAACAGUCCAAAAAUCAUUAUAAAUAAUAAUAAUGAUGAUAAUAAUAAUAAUAAUAUUAAUAUUAUUAUCAAUAAUAAUAACAAAAAACCUUUUUAAGAAAACCUGUUAACUACCUUGCUAGCGAGCCAAGAAAACCUACACCGGACUCACCUCUCUUUACUGAUGUGAACCCAAAUGAAUUUUUGAGGAGAAAAAAAAACCAGAAUCCAAACCUUUUUAUGACACUGCCAAAGUUACUGAGCGACAAGGAGAAGCACUCAUCUUGUAACCAAACACAAAACGACUACUUCAACUCCUCAGUAAUGCCAGCCCUGUAAAAGCAAGCAGGCUGUGUGUGUGGGCGGAGGGCCACAGCGAACACCUUCUCUCCCCACAUAUGAACGCACACACACACAUACACACACACACACACACACACUGACACACCACCGUUCCCAAAAAAACAACAGGAUAUGAUGGAAAAAAUCCCAAAUGACUCUUCAGACUUAAUGCACUGCAGUUACCCAUGUAAGGGUUGACAAACCCUAUUGAAACAAAUAAUGUGAAUUCACAUCGCUGGCAGAAAAAAAACUUCUGAGUGGGUGGACCACACGAGACACGAAACACAAACACACACACCCAUACACACACAAAACAUAUUCAGACAAGCAGAAAAAAUUACCUGGAGAGAUUGUUCUAGACGGCAAAGGGAAGCUGCCUGGGACAGUGGAAUUGUGGUUGGAGAGAAAAGACUCGUAUUUGCCCUCGAUGAGUAAAAGAAUGACAUUGGAACUGCCCCAGACAUCAUCACCCCCCCCCCCCCCCCCCAAAAAAAACAGACUGAAAAAACUCUGAGUCCGUCUGUCUGUGUGAGCAUUGUACACUAAGAGUAAGCCUUCUGUUCUUCAUGAUCUGUUUCUUUCUUUAAAGCGCUGUGAAGACUGAGACAUUACCAAUGGAGUUUCAUCUUUUUUCCACUCUCCCAUGUUUUCAUCUUUUUUCCACUCUCCCACGUUUUUUCCAAAGCAUGACAAGAAACAGACUUUAAAGAGCCUCAUAAGUGGUGUAGACAUGGUUCUUUUCUUUCUCUCUCUCUCUCUGUCUAUCCCUCUCUCUCUCUCUUUCUACCUCCCCUUGGCAAUGCCCCUGUGUGUUCCAUGCCCCUUUCUGUCAGACCCGCUUUGCCUCUGACAGAAACAGCGAGUACAUAUUUGUGAAAGGAUCAAAUCCCUGCUUGUAGAUAUACCUUUCUGUUUCCUCGGUGUCUCUGUCUGCCUUUGCCGUCCUGGUGUGUGAUUCGGAAAGAGGGGGAACAGUUUUUGUUUGUUUUUUGUUUGUUUUUUCUCUCCCUUCAGGUUCACAAACGAACAUUCACUGAGAAACAAAGGAGGGGUGUUGGAGACACUGAAGGACAAGAAGCCUGUGUUGUACCUAUUCUUCAAUUUGUUGUAUCUAUAUCAAUGAGAAAGGAAAUCCUCCUGUAGAAUAUUUUAUAUUGCUCGCAUUGUUAGACAGUGAGAGAGAGCAAGAGGUGCAAUAUGGAAAAGAGAAUUCAGCUACUGAAGGGAACCUCAAAAACUACCCUUAGGGUAACUUAUAACAAAAAAUAUACAUAUAAAUAUAUUUAAAAUAACAACAGUAACUUAAUGUGAAUGUACAUAGUAUUUAAAAAAGAAGAGGUCCAAAAAUGUGUUUGCCAAAUAACAGAAACCUUUAAAGUAUAAUGACUAGAAUUGAAUUUCUCUCCAUUUCAUCUGCUUUUGUUUGUUUGUUCUGUUUGUUUUGUUUUGAAAUCAAAUCAAUUGUAAUUACAGAAUGACCAUCACAUUUCUCGAUAUUAGCACAUGUGCUGAGCAUAUUCUCUACAGGAUGUCAUGGGAAUGGGGGAGAUAUAAUCAAAAAGGAAGUAUGUUAUGAGAUCCACUGACCCACUCUUCUAGUGGCUAUCAUUUCCACCAAGGGAGAUAAUGUUUCAAUGUAACAGCGAGAAGGGAUAGUGUGAGUUUAGAUUACAAACUUCACUGUCAGGUUGGGUGAUUUCAACCAGAGACUUGGCUUCAACCCAUAGUAACAGAUUGAAGGGGAAGUUGGGAAACAUUGCCAUCCAUUGGGCCAAAAUACAACUGCAGUAGUCCAGCUCCGGUCACUCUGCACACGUGGAGGCCAGCCCAUCAUAUGGGAACCAGGUGCAGGAGAGCAAUGCUAAUUUCUACAGGCGUCCUCUCCUCUUAGGUAGCCUAGCUCAGCUCUAUAAACAUGUUGCAGUUACAGGAAAGAUAUGGGCAACGCAUCCAAAAGAGAAAAUGAAAAGAAUCUGUGGUUCAGGUUCACAUUGCUCAAAAAAGUCUUGGAUACUCAUGUCCAAACAUUCACAAGAGCUCUCCAGAGUAACAUAUUCACAUCAAUGCUGCCCUGCUUUCAUACCAUUAGAGUAGACAUUUAACAGAAACACUCCAAUCCUAUCCAUUCUCAUGCUGUACCUCUGAAAAUGGACCAAACUUGAAGGAUCUUUGGUGUUUUAUUGUUUUGUGCUGUUGCGAAGCACUAUGGAGGCAGAUUCGCCGAGAUGUCUGUUUGCAUCGUCAGCUUUUUUUUUUUUACUUUAAUUAUUAUUAUUUAAUUUAUCAUAGCAUAUCUAUUUUCUUAUUUCAUUAUCAAAGUAAUAUAUGAAUUCUGUCAGAUGUGAUAUGCUGAAGAUGAUUCUGCUCCUGCAUAAGUUUGCUUGCAUCAGUCCCAAAACGUAUUUAAUCAGAGUCAGUCUAUUGCCUGUGUCAUAGUAAACUUCUCUCCUGUUCUCUCCUAUCCUGUCCUACAUCCCUCCUGCACUAAAAUGUCCCAUGCCUACCCAAAUCUGAUUGCUUUCUGAGAUGCCAGCUGAAAAUGCCCAAUGACAGACAAGAGAAAGAAGCCAGCGAGUCUGGAAAGUGUACAGUACAAAAAUGGUGCCACUGGCAGACAUGCAAAACCCAUCCAGUCGUACAGUAGACCUCCUGAGUGAGAUUGAGAAACAAGUCCUUGUUGGAUGUCAUCACCGCUGCACGUCUCCAAACAAGUGUGUGCAAAUGGUUGUGUUUGUGAGUGUGUGGUCUGCACUGCUUUGAAACUCAACUGCAUUUUUUUUUGGGGGGGGGGCUGCUUGCAUGGGCUCUCUGUGGUGUACUUCACACCCCGCUGUGGCUAGCACUGCUUGUGUGUCAUAUAGGCUUUAAUCUGUCAGUGGAGGUAUAAUGUCACUGACUGAACCAAACGCCAUUUUUUGAAAAUGACAUCUUUUUGUAAACCAGUUGAGUACGCAAUGCCACUCGUUGCAUACGCUGUGUGACCCAAAUUAAUUCAAAAGCACAUACCAAAGUACUUCUGCAUGGCUCUAGACUUAAGUGGAGAGAACAGACCUUUGUGUUACAGCCAUUAACCAAAGUGUCUGCAACACUUAAAACAGUACGAAACACACACUGAAAGCACAGCAAAACUAUCAAUACAUUCUGCAAGGUCAAGAUUCAUUCAAGCAGGUCCGAUGCUUGUUCUCAUAAAUAAAGAGCAACAGGAACGUUGUAUUAAUCUCACCUCUCACCUGUCCAAGGCCAGAAAGUGUGUCUGUGUGUGUUUAGAAAGCAUACUUCAAGGAGAGCUCUCCUUUCUUGAAAUGACCUUUACUUGAACCUCAAGAGCUUUAAAACAAAAAAACCCCUAAAGUAACCAUCCUAGUAAAGGAUGAUGGUAAAGGAUGUCCUUCACACCCUGAGAUGUGGUUUGCAUGUCUGCUCAUGGCAACAUUUUGAUGAAAUGUGCGGUACAAUACUCAAUACUCUUUCUGUCCAUGUAUUUUCCUCUUGACCAAAACGAAACCAAAUAGGCCUCGCGUAAGAACUUCCUUUCCUGUGUCUUGGGCACUUUCAGUUCGGCUGUCUCCAUUUGUUACGGGGACGGAUUUGGUUGGGACACUGGCCAUGUAAGUAGUUUGUAAAUACAACCUGAGUUAAAAGGAUGUCCUGGGAACUUCCUCUUUAAAAGAGGGUGAAGGAGAAAGAAAAAAGAGGGGAUGAUAUCUGCAUUAAACCACAAGAAUGGAGGUCAGUCGCUUUCUGAAAUAACUUUGCUCAAUUAUAGGAUACACAUAAUGAUUACAGAAAUUACUACAAGAUGGAUAACCUGAGUACAUAAUGUGUUUCAUUCAUGAGCAAUGGCUUGGAUUAGUCUAUGAAUGGGAUUACAUUGUUCAUUUUGGUGUGUGAUUGUACUGUAUAAAAAAAAAAAAACUAUAAAGCUAAAACUGCUCUCUUUUGCUAGCAAGGUGGACACAGCACGUGGGUCUCCCAUAAGCCAUGAUGGGGAGGGACUUUUAAAAAUAUAGAUACUUCAAACAAAAGGCUUGGUUUGAUAUUUGUAGGAUUAUAUACUGUAUUGUGCAAUACAAAAUUACAGAAAAAUGAAAUGUUUCUGUAGGGAAAAAGGUGGGCGUGUUGAAGGAUUUUUUUCUUUCUUUUUGUUUUGAUUUCUUCUUUGCUUGUUUGUUUUCCAUGUUAAGGGUCCUGUAUCAUUCUCUAGAUAAAGUGAUCUGUGCCAGGAUAAUUUUUACUUUUAUUUAUUUCUUGCAUGCUCUCCUCCCCCCCUCUUUUUGCUAUUUCCCUUCUCUAACUGUGCGCUAUGUUGGAUAUGUGAAGUUGUAAUCAUUCUAAUUCAGGUUAUUGUCUGUGUUGAGCUAUGUAUCUGUGUAAUUAAAAAAGAAAACGAAAUAUGA